AUUGUGGGUGUUCGUCGGUCGCUUUGCGUUCCGCAGAUAGCCACACCGUAGCAGAAGCAAUAGCAAAUGGAUUGUGAGUUUUAAUAGGUUGGCUCAACUCGAUAAGCAUUCUAAUCGCCUGGUAUUUUGCAAUACCUGUACGGUUUUUGUGAAAUGAGUGCGUUUAUUCGAAGCUCAGUGUAAAUGGCGAUUGAAAAGCUCCAGACGGAUAAACAACAAAACAAAUUCAACACAGCAACAAGAAGGCCCUGAGCAUCUGUCAAUCAUUUUCGUCCUCCAAAAAUUAGCGAUUCGUGAAGCGUGUAUGUGUGUGUUUUAAUGGUCAUAGUAGUGUGCGUUUUGUCAUGGUGUGUUUUGCAGAAGAGUUCUAGAAAUUGGUUGGGAGAAGUAUUCAAACGGCAAAUGUGAUUUUUGGUAAACUUAGCCCAAAGUCUACGGUGUGUGAAGUCAGCACUGAUUAAAGGAUACAAACACACGAUCAGUGCUGUUAAAAGGUAACCACGAUUGAAUCAACUUUACGACUCGUCCUUGUGGAAGAAGAAUUCGACUAAAAAAACGUAGAGUUCAGUUAAAGGACAAAUAUUCAUUCAUGGAUGAUCAGCAAUAGUUCUCGUUGCUAAAUUUAGACUUGAACGAUGAAGGAGAACUUCCAAAAAACAUGAAAUAAGAAACCUGCGCCCAGUACUUUCGUGUGAAAGUAAAUACAUUCGUUGGCAUCCACGGAGCGCUUUCUUGUCACUACGUUAUCCUCAAAAAUGGACACAAUGACUUUUGACGAUGAGCCACCACCUGAACCCCGGGAAGGCUGGCUGCUUGUACGUGUAUUCGUCCCUGAGUUAAACGUCCAUAAGAGCCUCCAAUUUCCAUCGGAUAAGAUCGUGUGGGACGUGAAGCAACAGUGCCUUGCUUCAUUACCCAAGGUGGCUUAUUGGUUUUGGGAAUUAAAAGAAAGCUUCAAUUAUGGAUUAUUCUCCCCACCAUCAAACGGUAAAGCUGGUAAAUUCCUGGAUGAAGAACGGCGAUUAGGAGACUACCCUUUUAAUGGACCAGUGGGCUACCUAGAGCUCAAAUAUAAGCGACGCGUCUACAAGAUGCUCAACUUAGAUGAACGCCAACUGAAAGCUUUGCACACACGUGCUAACCUUCGACGCUUCAUUGAGUGCAUCAAUAGCGGUCAGGUGGAAAAAAUCGCCAAGAUGUGUGCCAAAGGAUUGGAUCCCAAUUUUCAUUGCCAGGAAACGGGUGAAACGCCACUUACUAUUGCCACUGGUUCAAAGAAGCCGAACAAGCUACUGAUCGCGCUCGUAAACGGUGGUGCUCUAUUGGACUAUCGAACCCGUGACGGCGCCACUGCGUUACAUAGAGCCGUAGAACGCGACAGUCUAGAAGCGGUCAGCACGCUUUUGGAAUUAGGAGCAUCUCCAAACUAUCGUGAUACGAAAGGCCUAACACCUGUUUAUCUAUCUGUUACGCGGAAAACAGAUCCCAAAAUCAGUGAAGUACUUUUACAUGAUCAUGCGACACUAGGCAUUCAAGACAGUCAAGGGUGGCAGGAAGUGCAUCAGGCUUGUCGGAACGGGUUAGUUCAUCAUUUAGAGCAUUUAUUGUUCUACGGUGCGGAUAUGGAUGGUCAAAACGCUUCCGGCAAUACGCCGCUGCAUGUUUGCGCUGUUAACAAUCAGGAGGCUUGUGCUAGAAUGCUACUUUUUCGUGGUGCCAACCGAGGCGCAUUAAACUAUGCCAACCAGACGCCGUACCAGGUUGCCGUUAUUGCCGGUAAUCUAGAGCUGGCAGAAAUGAUUCAAAAUUACAAAAACGAGGAUAUUGUCCCGUUCCGUGGACCACCACGAUAUAAUCCCAGGCGUCGAUCCGGGUUAGGCUGGGGAUCGACGUUAUCUCGCAUAUAUGGUGGACCACCGUCCCCCUGCCCGUCCGAGCAUCCAUUCAGUUCUGCUAGUUCCAGCCUGUCUGAGGGUUCCAGCCAUCGAAGCCAUGAAGAUGACAUCAGUAUCGUGACAGAUAAAAGCCUGGGAGAUACAAGCGAUAUCAUCAGCGACUCUUCUGGUGUCGGAACAAAUUCUGACAGUGCUGCCUGCUCCAUAGGUCAUCCAAGCACAACUGUUGUUUGCAUGGAAGGAUACGAUGCCGGGCUUUCAGGACAUAUACACAUACAACCAGGCGAUGUGAUUGAAGUGGUCGGUUCCACCGACUGUGGUUUACUGGAAGGUUUUGUACGUGGUACAAACAAGACGGGUUUCUUUCCGGCCAGCUGUGUGCAAGAAGUGCAGUUUCGCCAGAAGAGUAUUAUAAACGUUUCCACCUCAACACCUCACCAUCACUAUCUGAUAAAUACUAGUAGUAAUGAAAUAGUCAGUCAUAAUCUACAACAACAAUUGCAUCAGCAACAACAACAGCAACAACAGCAACAGCAGCAGCAUCAGCAGCAACAACAACAACAACAGCCAUCUUUGUUUGAACAGCAGCAACACACUCAGCUUCAUUAUAACAGCCAAACAGCACCAAGAAUGAAAAAAUCAAUUAUUGGAGAACCUCGGACAGUAGUGCUACAUCGUGCCAAACGCGGUUUCGGAUUCAUUCUUCGUGGAGCAAAAGCUUCUUCGCCAUUGAUGCAGCUCAAACCAUCGCCACGUUGUCCGGCAUUGCAAUAUUUAGAUGAUGUUGACCCAGGAGGUGUGGCAGAUAUUGCUGGUCUGAAGCCAGGAGACUUCCUAUUAGCCAUUAACAGUGAAGAUGUAACAUGUGCAUCACACGAGCACGUGGUUGAUUUGAUCCGCAAUUCCGGUUCGCUGGUGUCAAUGACGGUUGUUACACUAUCACAAAAUCUUAUAAACUCUAUGAUGCUGGAAGCAUCCGAGAUAGGAAGUCAACAUUCCUCCGGAUCGGGCAUGAGUACUCCAAUAUCAUCCCGACAGUGUUCGACGCUUCCCCGGCGUAUGAAUAGUGGCCCACCGGGAAGUAACUGUAAGCAACCUGCGCCAAUGCCUCCCCGUCGUGACCCAAAGACUACACUGAGCGUAGGACGAGCGCGGGCAAAAUCGAUGGUGGCAGGCUUAGAAGGUGGUGGAGAAAAAUGUACAGACGACGAUGAACUAUUGAGUGCGACCAAAUCAACUUCUGCGGAAUCGAUUCAUCAAGCACAGACUCAACUGUUGCAAGCACAACAACAGUGUCACUCGGCUAUUGGAACACCCACACAGACAGGACCGGGUACGCCCGUUCAACCUCGUACAGCUAGUAUCAAGUCGCGUCCAACAUCUAGUCGAAUAACGGCCGCGGAAUUGGAAGAGCUAUUCCAGCGCCAACAAGGGGCUGAUGCAAACCGCUGUUCUAUGCUAAUGUCAAGCUCAAGAUUCCAAUCAACUGGAUUUGACAGUGGUGCUGGUACACCGCCGAUUUCACCACAAAAGGGACCGAUCGUGUAUGCCAGCGUUGCUGAAAUGAAGCGCAAAAAAUCAUCCAAAGCGGGAAUGGGCACGCUAAAAGGACGUCCUAUACCGAUACCCCAGGUCGGUUCGGAUCUAAAACGGACCUUCCACAGUACACCUGAUCUAGCAUCAAUGUCUUCGUCCAAUCAGAACGGUGGAUCAUCGUUGCACUAUGGGAGCAGUUCCGGAACUGGAUCGCAGCUGGCAAUCAACGCUAACGGGUGGUAUAACACCGUUGGUCACAAGGGGCACCGAUCUCAGGACGAUAUGCACAGUCUGCACAUGUCCCUGCAAAGACUGAAUCUUCCACCACCAAACCAUCCACCUCCACCCCCGCCAGUGGGGCAAGUUGUAAAAGUGGAUGUUUCUCGGGGCUCCGAGUAUGAAUGUCUUACCGCCUUACGGAAGCAUAUAGCCCAGAAAGCCAAAGUUCAAUCCCUAGUGCAGGAAGCAGAAGUUAUGUCCAGUUUCAAACCAGCAUCGAAUGCCAAACUGUACGCUUCCCCUCAGGAUAUUCGAAACGUUGGUUAUCGUACGGUUAACGUCGCUGGGGCUACUACUUCACCAUCACUCACGGGUUCAACAUCGGCUGCUGGAAACAACAGUGCCUCUUCUUGUGGUAGUAAUGGAAGUAACACGAACUCCAAUGUGGAGCUCUGCAAAUCUGGUUCACUUCGGUCAAAUGCUAGCUCGACGAUCAACAUAAACUCUAGCGCCGUAACAGGUUCCGUAAUUAAUAACGUGACAACAGUAACGAUCAGUGGAAAUGGAAACGUUGCCACUAAUAGUACGUCUUCAAAUCAGUACGCUCAACCUGGUCGCCCGGGCGCAGAUACUCAACAACAAAUUGCCCAACCACAAGCACUUUAUAAAUCUCCACCUAAUAGUGCACCUCCACUACCCGAGCCAGAUUACAGUUUGAGUGAAUCAGAUCCGGAUGAGGAUAACUCGGUACGUUUGGUGCGUACGCAUAUUAAAACAAAUGGAGAUCUUAAAACACAAAAUCCAGGAAUGGCAGCCGAAACAAGUGGCAACAGUAACACAAGUGGUAGCUCGACCGGCUCCAGCUCUAUGCCCCAAUCAUUCUCGGUGGAAGAAAUACAGAAGAUUCGCACGAAACUAAAAUCGUCUAAAUCGUACCCGAACGACUUCUUACGGCAACAAAACAGCCAGCCAUCUCAACCGGGUGUAGAACACGGUGCAUCGGGCGGUGUGCCUCACGAAGAAGGCGAUAAUUCAUCGUCUGGUGUAAGCAGCGAUCAAGAAAUAACGAUCACUUGUAACGAUACAGCCAAGCAGCCAAAACCGUCAUUCCCCAAGCAGAUGGUUGGUACCACUGUUUUAAAGACAAAUGUCACCACCUCUACCCUAGCAGCCGCAGGAACUGGGGCAAGUGGCUUGAUUGAAUCAAAAAAAGUGACAUUGCAUCUAGGGGCAUCCGCCGAUACGAAGUUGCAACACAACAACAAUCUCACCGAACGAAGAAAUGAUGCUGCUGAUAAUGAUGAUGCUGAUCAAGAUGAUAAUGAUAGUCCUAGCCCACCUGCGACUGGAUUCCAGCGGCAUAAUUCACUCACCCGGAAACAGGCAGCCACCAUUGCCGCAAAUCGUGCGAAGGCAAACCAACAAAAUAUACAGCAACGGCAUGCAGUAACGUUAGCUACCUUACCGCCCCCAAUUGAGGCAGCCGACUCCGACGAAGCUGACUCUUGGUCACAUCCUCUUCAAUCUUCAGGUGGUGAUGGCGCCGCACAAUUAGUCGAGGGUGCCGGCAUGGUGGUUUUAGCACCACCUCCAGAAUUUAGCGAUUCAACCGUCAGCCAUAUUACUGGUCCAAUUUCCGGUGGUGUUAGCAUUAACGUGCAACCACAUCACUCCCAUCAACAUACGCAUCAGCAUCAUCAGCAUCAACAUGUACAUCAUCAUCAUCAACAUACGGGAAGCGGCGGAUCACUCGCGCUUGGUGGUCACAACCCAAAUUGCAAGCGCGUCCGUAUUGUUGGUGCGGUGCCGAAAGUAAAUCGUAUGAACAGUCAGUAAGAAAGAGUCUGAUCUGUGUCAACCGAAAAUUAUUUGUCGGUAAUGUAUUUAAAGAACUGUAAAAAGACAUCAAAAGAACAUACUAUAUGACUUAAAUUUAGUAACGUGAUUACAAUAGAAACUAGUUGUUUGGUAAUAGUGAUGUAAGCAAAAAAUUUCUUUUAACUCAUUCCUUCCUCCAGAUGGAUGAAAGGAAUGGUGUUGAGAUUAGUUUUUGUUUCACAAUAAUUCUGAUAUUAAUGUUUGCAAUCAAUUUGUUUGCAGGGAUUGAAUUAUUUUUUUAUAUAAAAUAUGAAAGAGCAUUCUUUAUGCGUGCGUUUGUGCAUAGUUUUACGCAAUAUUUUGCUCUUUCAGUGAAUAUUUUGUUUUGGGGUAUGGGACUGAAAAAUACAGGAAUGCAACCAGAUAUCCUACGCACUCAUUAAUUACAUUAAUUAACAAAGUCAAAUACGUGCGCCCAGGUAACUAGUUGAGUUGCUUUAUUGCUUACCGAGCAGGCCACUAAUAAGCACUGAGAUGUGUAAAGAAUCACAAUUUUAAGACCCAAUCGCGCUCCGCAAGCGAUAUGUAUGUGCAGUUUUUUUUAAAAAAAAGGUGUUUAAAAUAAGUGUUUUAAAAGUGAAGUAGAAGCAGUCUUUUCGUAACAAUAAGGGUGGCGUUAUUGGUUGGUCAGCGCAUACUCUCGAAAAAAUAUAACACAACGAUUAAGGGCAAAAUUUAGUCCAUGUAUCACAAAUAAAAGGCAUCAAAGAUAUGUUUUGUGAUAGCUACGAUAAAGCAGCAACAAAGCAUAGCGCGAUGUGACGAUGCAUUUGCGCAAUGUAUGCCAAUCGUUUGACUCUUUCCAAUCUCAGGCAAGAUGAAUCGCACUUUGUAACAUUUCAGUUUGAGUAAACACCAUGCUGUACACCAUGUAUUAUUGAAACAAUCGGAACCGAACCUUUUUUAAUGAAUCAUAAAGCAUAAAUUAAUUAAUCAUGGCUAAUGACAUGAUACUUUUACGGGGUGGAAUAUAUGGAGAUAAGAAGGUAUAACACAAACACACGUAAUCUAAGCUAAAUUUGUCUACACAUGUUUCGACUGAUUGGGCAGUCAGAAAGUUGUAGUAACUUAGUAUCGUAGUAAAACUCCCAAAAACAGCUGCACAUUGUGUGUCGUUUUUGUUGAAUUCUAAGUACUGCUGUAAUCUUAUGCACAGCAUUUAUUUUCGUUCGUCGCAAAUUCAUAUCCUUUGCAAAGGUUUGUUUCAAGUAAUGUUUUGAUUUGAGGAUAAACAGUGAAUUAACAUUAAAACAGUUUUGAUAUAAAUAAUAGUCCAUCACACACAUGUAUCGUGCAAUGAGCCACUCGUUUAUAUAUCUGCAUGAACCAAACAACCCAAACAACAAUAGGGAACAUAAUUACUAUUCUGGGAUAUGGUAGGAUCAUAAUCGAAGAAAACACCUUGAAAUGGAAAACAGAACAGAGGGAACUGCUAACUGCGCAUCAUUGUAGGGCCAAAUUGAUAAAACUCAGCUAGGAAGUAAAGAAAAGUCGUCACGUAGCGUAAUGUAACAUGGAAAUGGGUAACAUACAUUGCGAUAUUUUGUUCUUGAAAAAUUGCUAGGUAGUACGCCGGGAAAAGCGUAAUUAAAACAAAACUGGAACUAAUUUUUUUUCUACAUACAUACAUUUUAACGCGAACGUACCAAAACACACGUAUUUAUAUAGCGAGGGAAGAGUUAGAAUAGUGGUUGUCUGCAUGCUAGGAAUAAUUAUCGUCCCAUUUUAGAAGACUCGAUCAUUCUAAUGCCUAUACACCACCAUACACCAUUAGCAAAUGCAUCGUAACGCGCUCGCCAGAACCUAGCAGAAAUAACUCAUACAAUGAUCACAAUUCAAUGGAGGAAUUCAGGUCGUUACAAAGUAUUAGGGAAAUUCGCUUUUUUAUAAACACCAGCUGAGCACUUUUCUCACAACUGUAUGACACAAACCGUACAUGACGAAACAAUUGGUUUGCAAUUGGUCUUGCUUUCUAUUUCCCUCCGUGACAGAGUCAGAGUAAAGGCUUCGAACUGAGCGCUCGAAUGAAGCUUAGCGAUUUGUAAUGCAGUAGUUGAGAUCGAAUAGCAAUAGCAACGAAAUAUACAUAAACAUAAAGAAAAAGAUAAACGAACAAACAAAAAGGUACUGCAGCGUGCUGCUCCGUCGUAGAAAAUUGAUAACCAUAACAAACAGAACUUGUUGCGGAAAAAUGCGUACGAUAGUACUAAAUUUUAAUAAAAACCCAUUUCUCAUUGCAUUUGCAUAAGAAAAAACAAAAAGCAUUAACAUUUUGAUCCCAACCGUCAAUAGUGUAUUCUGGGAUAAAGUAUAUUCGUGUUAAAAUUUCGGAAGUUUCCAAAGACGGCACAAAAGCAAACAGUUUAACAAUAUGGCCACAUGGUAGAAAAAUUAAAAACAGCAUUCACUCGCUAUCAGACCCACCAUCCUCCCAAUAAGGAAAUGUGCGACAUUACACAGGCAACAACCUCCUUGAUACACAAGAUUCACAACUCUUUGAAGUAAAAGCUAUACCCACACACAAAUGAAUAUGUCAAUGUUCAAUUGCAUAUUCUUCCCCACAUUGGUAAGAUAUUGAAAUAAAAAAUAUUGAUAAAUAAA